AUGUCUAAGCUGGUUGAGCAGUUUUUAAAGCUAAAGCCCACGAGGUUUGAUGGGAGAGGCGACACUGAGGCUACACCUCGAUGGGUGGAAGAACUAGAGAAAGCCUUCGAAGUGCUUGGGUGCACUGAGGAAGAGAAAGUAACCCUGGCAGUCUACCAGCUUCAGGAUAAUGCAAGCCAUUGGUGGAGAGCCACCAGAAGUCAAGUGUUCCCCACUGGUACUAUUCCGACUUGGACUAUUUUUACCGAGACCUUCAUUAGCAAGUAUUUCUCGAAAAGUGCCCGAGAGCAGAAGUUGGCUGAAUUUAUGAGGCUUUGCCAGGGUCAGAUGUCGGUGGAUCAGUAUGAAGCUGAGUUUGCAAGACUGUCCAAGUUUGCCCCAAGAAUGGCAAUUGAGCAUGAUUUGAUGGAUCGGGCUGUCGCCUCUGGAUCGCGGUAUGCCUCGGCUAGGGACGAUCGCCACUUUGGAAAAAGGCCCAUGGCGGGAAAUAAGCGCUUUGUCCCUCCCGCUCGGAGGAAUAUAGGGAAGUCGAAUCGCGUUCAAAAUGCCCCAUGCUGGUUGUGUGGAGGGAGACAUGGUAAUGGACCUUGCCCAAAUAAGGACAGAGCGUGUUUUAAAUGUGGCGGAAGGGGCCAUCAGAUCAGGAAUUGCCCCAACAAUAGGCAGGCUAAGUCGUCUACGCUACCGCCGCCACCGCCCCGGAAUGGAAAUCAAUUUGGAGCUAUCCAACCGGCCAAUUAG